AUGGCUAUUACCAUCGAAGAACUCGAAUCUCCACACGAGUGCGCUGACUCUUUCGAGGUCGUCGUCCACAACCGAGCCGUGUCCACCCUGGUCACUAGCUGCGCCGACGCCGUCGACUGGUGGAUCUCCGCCCAUCUGCUCUCCGCCCGCGACUGUCCCCGGAUGGUCGGGUUCGACAUCAAGUGGCGACCGAGCUUCGCGCGCGGCGUCCGCCACCCGGUCGCCACCCUUCACCUCUGCGUCGGCCGCUGCUGCCUCGUCUACCAGAUCGGCCGUGCCCGCUACCUCCCCGCAUCGCUCUACAGAGCCCUCCGCAACCCGAGGUUCGUCUUCUCCGGCGUCCGGAUCGCCUCGGACGCGGCGAAGCUGAGCGAGGAUUACGGCCUAGAGAUAGAGAUGGCGGUGGACCUGGCGAAGCUGGCGGCAAGGGAGACGAACCGGAGGGAGCUGAGGAGGGCGGGGCUAGCGACGCUGGGGUUCGGCUAUUUCCUGGGGCCGGACGAUGAAGCUCUGUACCUCGAAGAGAUGCUGGAGGAUCUGAGGUGA